AUGGCCGAAGUCGACCUACCCUCCAAGAUCCGUGCUGCGAUCAAAGAGCCCCACGGAGUCGUCAACCGUCUGAAUACUGCUCGUAUUCCGCUUUGUCUCCCACCCCUAGUGCAAGCUCCAACUCUUUAUACCCUUGGGCUCUCGCGCUAUACCGAGAUUUAUUUGGGCCUAGAGGAGAUCUGGCACGCCCAGAUUGGAGACUUUGCGGACUGGGCCGGUAAUAUCAGCGAAGAUCCGAGCUCUUAUGGCAGUGAUGCGGAGAGAGUGCAGGCCGUCCUACGCUUGAUUUAUAUCCCCGAACUCCUGCGUACGAGGCGCGUCGAGGCCGAUUUUGAGGCCCUGAAAUUGCUAGACCCUAGCAUUGCCAAACUGGACAUGGGCAAAGAAAAUGCCGGCAGUGAGUUCCGACGUUAUAUGAAGGAACACAUUCCGGCAAAGCCACAUCUUCUUGUCGUGUACGUGUGGAUCAUGUAUCAAGCCCUUUUUAAUGGCGGGCGUUUUAUUCGUCUCCAGCUGCUUAAGGCUGGCCCCGAAUUCUGGGGUCUGUCUCCGAGGGAGAUGGAUCCUACUGCUUUCCCGCCUCCUCUGUCUUUCUGGUGCGUCGAGGAGGGCGAAGUUGUUCAGGCCAAAUUUCGAAACAGCGUUUUGAAGGCAGACAAGCUGUUGACUGAGACUGAGCGGGAAGAGAUUCUCGACGAAUCACGAGAGAUAUUUCGUCGCUGCGAGCUGAUUACGCAUCAGCUCGACGAGGAUGUUAGCGCCGGGGGAUAUCCCACAAACUAG